AUCUCCUCCAAAUCGCCACAAAAUAACGCGCGAACGGUACAAACGGCAAUGCUAUAUCUAUUUUCGACGAACGUAAUAUCACGAAGAUUCGGUCUUAAAUCUGUACGCGAUGAAAGUAAUAUUACGAAAGCGGACCUUGAGAGGCUAGAAAACUAGAACUCGAAACCGGAGGCACAGGAAUCGCGGAAUCUUUGGGGAACGUAUCGAGUGAAUGUUUUGUCGUCGAGCAGAUUUUUAAUCGAAUUACGUAUCAACCAACGUUCCUUUCGUUACAUAGUUUUCAAUAACUUAAACGAGCCCCAGGGUUAAUCGCUUGUAUUGCGCAAACGCUCGUUGCCGAGAGAUUUUUAAUUCCGAGCGAACGCGGUACCGUGUUUGUUAGCCUCUCAACGGAAACGGUAUUAAUUAAUGGAAUGGCGAUCCACUUUGAGAACUACUCAAGAUCCGUUCCAUAGUACCGUAAUAUGGGCGAUUAAACAAAUUAUAAAUUCCACUUAGCGUUAAUAUUAUUCGUGGACUUCUCAACGUCGGUUAUCGAAGUAAUAAGUAGCAUAUUUCGGGAAUGAAAUUUCUCGAACGUUUUCUGAGCUUUAGAAACGUUCUUCGUUGAUGCACGAUCUAUCGAUCGAUGGAUACAAAGAAAAAACGAAUACCGAAAGGCACGAUGGAAUUGUUACGUAUCGUUGCAAAAAAAUAAAUAGAAAGCGAUGAGUAUCGAUUAUUUGUUUCUAUUUGCUUUCCCGGUACGAUUAAAAACUCCUCGAGAAUGUGUACGCUCCGAUAAGAUACCUAAUUUCGAAAUCGGAUCCGAUCAACGCGAUCCGUGCGUACCAACGAUGCACUCGUGUGUACUCGAGUAAGGUGCACGAAUACGCCAUCAGGUGUCGGUAGCAGCGAUUUCAACGGGCGCUUUAAAUUUCAUGCGACGCGUCUUUGUAAACACGCGUCCCUUUCUGUCGGCUGUCGACUUGUCGCCAGCAACCAGGCGACAGCAUCUCGGAACGUCUCUUUGAACCUAUUUUCGAUCGUCUCCUUCCCGUCAAGCGUCGCUUAUUCGAGAUCGAAAGUCAUCGCGCGUCUUUAAGGAAACAAACCAUUUUUAGAGUGUCUUACGGAGCUGGUAUUUCACUUUGAGAAAAUGAAGCGUUCGGUUGACAGCCAGGAUUGAUGGUAACGAGGCUUGUACGAAGCUCGGCGCAUGCAUCGGCCAGUGCAUAAUCGUAUUAGAUUGUUCUGUGAGAAUAGUGGUUAAAGUCGUUCGAGAGAGAGAUGCAAUCAAGUACGGUUUUAGCUGGAUUCUCAGUAUAACCGUCGUCAUCGUACGGGUACGAAAAUGUGAUUGCUGUUUUCGUGCGAUACUUAAAUGUUUCGGAGUUCAUGCUUUCUAAGAUUUACUUACUGGGCAUGAAUGGACAGGUGCAGCCCUCAAGGGAGAGGUUAGAUCGUGUCCCCAACAUACAGCUUGCAGCUACGAACAAUGGAUUACCCAUGGAUGAUUCCAAUGUUGCAACAGAGGUUGACAGCAAAGUGAAAACAAAACUAUUGUCUAUGUGGAACAACGUCAAAUAUGGCUGGACCAUUAAGAUGGUGAAACCAAAUUUUUCAAAAGAAUCUCCGGUAUGUUUGCUUGGCAAAAUUUAUCGCAAGAAGCCGGAAGAAUUCCUAGAGAAGGCUUCAGAAGCAGAAAAAUCAUUGGAUACAGGGAGCGAAAUAUCGCUAGCAAUGGAUGCUAUUAGUUUCGAAGAUAGUAUAGAAGAAUUUAAGAAAGACUUUGCAUCUCGCCUUUGGUUGACAUACAGAAGAGAGUUUCCUAUUUUAAACGGAUCUACAUUCACCACCGAUUGCGGUUGGGGUUGUAUGCUACGCAGUGGUCAGAUGAUGUUGGCACAAGCACUGGUCUGCCAUUUUCUUGGAAGAGAAUGGCGGUGGCAUCCGGAUCAAUUGAUACAAACAGAACAACAAAAAUUAGACGAAUAUAAUCACAGAUUAAUUAUAAAAUCGUUCGGAGACUUACCCGAACGUAUAUCUCCAUUUUCUAUACAUACGCUCGUAUCCCUUGGUGCAUUAUGGGGAAAACGCGCAGGAGAUUGGUAUGGGCCAUCCUCUGUUGCUCAUCUGUUAUGCCAAGCGGUAGAGCAUGCAGCGGAACAUCAUUCAGUAUUCAGUAACUUGGCUGUUUAUGUUGCUCAAGAUUGUGCAGUUUAUCUACAGGAUGUGGAAAAUGUAUGUCAAACAUCCGACGGCAAAUGGAAAUCUCUCAUACUUUUUGUACCUUUACGACUUGGUGCUGACAAAUUAAAUCCUGUCUAUACGUCUUGUUUAACGCAUCUCCUUACAUUAGAUACCUGCAUUGGAGUUAUCGGCGGUCGACCUAGACAUUCGCUUUAUUUUAUCGGUUUCCAAGAAGAUAAAUUGAUUAAUCUAGACCCACAUUAUUGUCAAGAAACUGUUGAUGUAUCCAAAGACAAUUUCACUUUGACGAGUUUUCAUUGUACUUCGCCGCGAAAAAUGUUGAUAUCAAAAAUGGAUCCCAGUUGUUGCGUGGGAUUUUAUUUUCAUAAUAAAAUGCAUUUCACAAAUUUUAUGGAGAUAGCUCCCUCCUAUUUGGUGCCGGAAGAUGAAAAAGUCGAUUAUCCGAUGUUUUUAUUCUGCGAAGGGAGCGGAAAAGAUCUCUAUCAAAAAAUUGACAUCGCUGAAAACAUUAUUCCUACUGCUACCUCUUUCACAGGUAACGAGUCGUACGAUGACGACCUCGACGAGUGCGAAGAAUUUGAAUUAGUUCAGUGAGACGUUUAUCGCUGAGGUUUAAAUAUCUCUUAAGUACUUAAAGACAUUCAUCGAUAGUUUUUGGAGAAGAAUACAUUAAUCGGAAUUCUCCGUUCAUUCGUCCAUACGUGUACAAGAGAAAAACCAAUUGAUAACUUUAGUAGACGCAGAACUUUGGGUAAUUAGGCAGUUAUAUAUUUCUUCACUGUAAUGAAUUCGCGCAGCAAACAAAGUUUAAGAUCUUAACGUGUCCAUUAAAUAGCAUGGAUUAUAGCGUACCAAAUAUUUUCCAUUCGCGAUAAAAGGAAAUUAUAUAGACUUCGAAAACGUUAUCAUCCAUACGUAAUUCUGUGAUCGUAAUUUAAAUUAUAUUUGGAUAUGUUGCACAAUUUUUCUCGUUUUGUUUCGUGAUCUCAAAAAUAAUUGCUUUUAAAGAUUAUUAGAAAUUAAUUUAGCAUACAAUUUACAGUUACUUGAAUCAUUUCACGGAGAAUGAUUCAUUUAUUUGAAGCGUUCCGAACGAUGAUCGCGUCAAGACUUGCGUAGAUCGUAAGUUUACGGUUUUGCUAUGAAGAGUGAUUUUUAUAAACAUUUCUCGAUUCCUUAAGGAAAUGUUCCUAAUAUAACUUAUUUUGUAAAGCAGCAAUAUUAGAUUUUUUGCAAUAUACCACAUGACCAAUUUUCAUUUUGUCGUUAUAUCGAACGUGUUUGCGUAUUAUAUAUCGAAUCACGCAUACCUAUAAUAA